AUGGCGGCCCCUCCAAAGACAGAAGCCCCGCCUGCGCCUGGCGCAACCUCUUCAACCCCGCCUCCUCCUCCCAUCGAGUACACAUAUAUGUACGAAAAGGACAAGAGCCCGUCCAAGUCAUUAGAUGCUUUAUUGAGAUCUAUAAGUCGUCAUAUUAUAUUCGAGAUUGGAGAUAAAAAUGUCUGUCAACUUACACCAGAGAAAAUGGCGGCAUUUUACAAGGCCGUUGGGGGCGAUUACGACUCUCUCUUCGAGAUGCCCCACGAGUCCAUCUCCUACAUAUGGCAAGUGACUGGAUGCCAACAUACUUUACAACCUACACACGAUGAUUUUGAACCACCUUCAAUACCUGCGCUCACCCCUAGAGGUUUCUCACGAUGGGAAUCUCUCGAGAUUUUGCUUGGACCCGAAGAACAUGUUCCCUUCUUGCAGUUCGCCGUCAAGAACUGGCAAUUAAAACACCCAGAAACUGGUCAAGAGUUUCCUCCAGACUUGCCCGCCACCGUAUUCCCAACACAACCAGACGUCGAGGUGGACCGUUGGCACAAGUCGUGCGCCGACAAACUAAGAAAGGAGGCGAAUGCACGAGAGAGGGAGGCAUUCCGGGAAGCUGCACGAGAACCAACUGGCCCUGGUGAACCUGGUGAUGGGUCGGAACCCAAGUUUGCGUACUCUCAUGUACGAGGUAGUGCAUUUGCUGGGAAUCGGGCCAGACCGGCGCCAGAACGACCGUUGUACAACCACGUUCCGGGUAGACAUGGAGGCGGGCGACCAGGCAGACCUUCACCUGAGAGAUAUGACAGCUACAACGGGCAACCUGCACCAGAUGUUCCACCACACCCAACACACCCGCCUCGAGGACCGCCGGAUACAUAUCUCGACCCUAAUGCGAAGCGACCCCCGCCGACAAGACGCCACAGUCAACCCAGACAUUACUCUUCAGAAUCAAGCGACGACGACCUUGUUCCUCCCCGUGCGAGGAGACGAUCUGAAGUCAGCCCACCUUCACCAACAUCACGUCGAUACUCCCCUCCGAACGAUCGUCCGCCUCCCGUUGCUAGUAACCCACCGCCAUCCUUCCGUCCUCAUCGCGCUGAGAUGAGAACUGACGAAUCUACUCGGCGACGAUCAACACAUAGUCCUAGUCUUCGAGAGAAGCUCUCAGAAAAGGUGUCAAACAUUCUACCCAACGGGCUAAGCAAUAAUGCUUCAGAUCGUAACAGAAACGCACAGCGUAACCCAUCCUACAACACCGAUUCCUCACGCGGACGUCGAAGCCGCGACCGUCUUCCUCCAUCUCGUCUUAGCCGAAGCUACUCAGAUAUUUCAGUAGAGUCAUCUGAAGGGGAAUCCAGCGACGAAGAUCCCCGUCACAGCAGAAGAGUGCGUGACGAUCGCGAUAGAGAAAGAGACCGCGAACGAGAACGAGAUCGCAUUCGUGACAGGGGUCGACAACGGGACCUCGACCGAGAAAGAGAAGAAGAACGGCGUGAACGGUACCUGCGCCGACCAGAGAUGGAGCGACGCACCAGCAGCCACGCAGAUGCCGAGCGUAGACGCGAUUACCCGGGAUGGGAUGCACGAUCUGAGAGAAAGAGAUGGGAUAAACGCGUCCCACCUGAGGAGCGGGGGACAAGUCCUCUUGCGACACCAGGAAGACGGUACGCUGAGCCGGCUUACCCUUAA